AGAGAGGGUGAAUGAAAGUUGAAGAUUGGAGAAGAGGCAGAGAGAGAAGGAUUCUGUGCUUCCGUUUGAGAUGUCUCGAUGGCUCUUUCAAUUAAGCAUCAGAAGAAUCUCUUAAAGGCUUAAAUCAAGCUACAGAACCCAUUUAGGGUGGACAUACAUAAAGGAAACUGCAGUGGUUUGGAGGUUAUACCAAUGGAUACCGUUAUAGAAGCAUCACAUGCUUCCUGGUCCGAUUUCACUCAUAAACUCAUGGAAACUGUACAACAGAGCGAGGUGUACAGUGAUCAUGGAGGCUGCUGAAAUAAUGAAAACAAAGCAGGACUGCAUCUACUCCACUGUCAUCAGGCUUAAGAAGGACACUCUUGGUGGAAGAAGAGGUUUUUAUAUUGCUUCACUGGAAAACAAGGGAGCUGGACAAAGACCAGAGGGGAUACCAAAACUCCCCUUCACCCAGUUAGACAACCUGAGCUACCAGAGGGAAGAUUCAUCCAUGAUGGCUCACAGGAAGUCAACGUUUGACCAUCAUAGCAAUGAUAAUGCUCUGCUGGUAGGAACCAAGCUGCCCAGAUCCAAUAGAGGCAACAUCAAGGACAAGAUUUCUUUGUGGGAGGGCAAAGAACCCACUCAUUCACCUCUUACCUCAGGUACUUUGGGCCAAUGUGUCAGUGUAAAAAGGACAGAAUCCCUAACAAAAACAGACAAUGAAUCUAUUGGCAAAUCAAGUACUGAGAGUUCCAGGAGAGUAGCCCAUAAGGACACGCAUUACCUUGGCAAGGAGAAUGUAGGAGAUUCGAGGCCUUGUUCACCUGUUGAACUCGGGAAACAGCAAAGAGGAACACUCAAUAGCAGUAAGUCCAUCGACAACCAAACAGUGGAGGACUACAGACGAGUUGUAGUUCAUAAAGAAACACAAGAUCAUGAGAAAGAGAAUGUCGAAAAGCUUGGGGAUUUAAGGCCUUGUUCGCCUACAGCAACAGAGAAGCAGCAGGUUGGGACCCUAAGGAAAAGCAACGACAGGAGAGCAGCAGAACAAGCAAGCCAGGAGAAGAGAGCCAUAUUCAGUCUUUUCAAAAAGCUGGAGUCUAUGGGCGAGAACCUGGGGAAGACCCCUCCAGAGCUCGGAAACUACUUCAGCCCACCAAGCAAAGACAAACAAGUGGAGGUGAAGAAAAAACAAUCAGAAGCUUUCGGUCGAAGUAAUGUGGCGAGAGACGUGAAGGAGUGUCAAGAGAACGUGUACACAGAGCCGGGUAUGCCUCCCAUCAACCCAGUACCCAAACCCAGACGAACCUUCCAGCACCCAGCAACUGCCCCGAUUGGAAAGAGGCAGGGGAGAGGGCAGAGGAACCUCCCUCCAUUGCCCUCCAUCUCCUCAAAAACAUCCUCAAAACCUCCUUCUGGUAUCUAUGGGAGACCCAGGGGGCAGACAGUUCGAGACAACAUCAACAGGAGAUCGUUUGAGUUUGAAGACCUUGGAGGGUCAAACAGUCCACUCUUCUCUCGCUCGCUGUCUCAGGAACAUCACUAUGAAGACAUCUUGGAUUCAUCCAAAGAAAACCCAUAUGAGGACAUAGAGCUGGAGAGUCAGAGCUCCCAGCAGUCUUUGCCUUCUUCACCUGGCGCUGAUAACACCAAGUUGCCAAGACCGGGCUUCUUUAGACAGAACUCAGGCAGGAGCUUUAAGUUGCUGGACCUGCGGAGAACCAACCAGCCAACCCACAGCAACAGUAGUGGAGGCGUUUCAUCUCCACCACAGCUCAGCCCUCCAUCCACCCCCAUCGGGCCUGAACACACGCCAUGGAUACCUGGAGACCCCUACAGUCGAACCUGCCGCAGGAUACCAACGGUUGUACUGAGGAUCAACGGCAUAUUUGAGGCUCGGAACAGGAAAAAACCUCUAAGAAGGAUCUAUCAUUAUGCUGAAACAAGCUCAGGAAGAGUAACAGAUGAAAACAGUGACUCUGAGAGUGAAGUUGAAGAAAGAGCAAAAGCUCACCGUCAGCGCCUCACGACAGUCCAGUCCAUACUGAGCCAGCCGAACCAGGCCCAGGUCCACUUCAAUGGCACCAACACCAGAAACUGCUCUGUGGAGCAGCGCAAACUUUUUGAAUACUUCCUGGUUGUGUCACUGCAGAAGUCGAAGGCUGGCGGCCACUAUCUGCCGGAGGUCACACAGCAGUUCCCACCUAAGCUGGAGCGAAGCUUCAAGUUCAUGAGGGAGACGGAGGAUCAGCUGAGGAUCAUUCCUCAGUUCUGUUUUCCUGAUGCAAAAGACUGGGAGCCUGUAGAAACCUAUCCAAGUGAGAUGUUCUCCUUCGUGUUGACCGGAGAGGACGGGAGCAGGAGGUUCGGAUACUGUCGCCGUUUACUGCCCAGCGGAAAAGGCAAACGUCUUCCAGAGGUUUACUGUAUAGUCAGUCACCUGGGCUGUUUCAACCUGUUCUCCAAGGUGUUGGAUGAGGUGGAGAGGCGGAGGGCUCUAUCUCCAGCUCUGGUUCAACCGUUCAUGAGAGCCAUCAUGGAGGCCCAGUUUCCAGCUCCUGGUAGAACCAUCAACAUCAAAACUUUUCUUCCCGGAUCAGGCACUGAGGUGAUGGAGCUCUGUCGACCAUCCGACUCACGUCUGGAACAUGUGGACUUUGAAUGUCUGUUUUCCUGUUUGAGUCUACGGCUGCUUCUAAGAGUGUUCGGCUCUCUGCUGCUGGAAAGACGAGUCAUCUUCACCGCUGAAAAGCUCAGUACUCUCUCCCAGUGCUGUCAUGCAGUCGUGGCACUACUUUACCCCUUCGUAUGGCAGCACACCUACAUCCCAGUGCUGCCCUCGGCGAUGCUCGACAUCGUCUGCACUCCGACUCCUUUCAUUGUGGGCCUGCUGUCCAGUUCGUUACCCCAACUCACCGAGCUGCCCCUGGAGGAGGUUCUGGUUGUGGAUCUUGGAAACAGUCGAUUCCUCAGACAGUUGGAUGACGAGGACUCCAUCCUGCCAUCGAAGCUCCAAACAGCCCUGGAGAAUGUCCUGGAGAGGAGAAGAGAACUUGCAAAUGAGCGAGGAGGAGAUAUAACCAAUGACUCUGGUCACCUCAGUACUGUCGUGUCCGAGGCCUUUGUCCGUUUCUUCGUGGAGCUGGUGGGCCACUAUCCACUCUUCAUCACUAGUGAACGCGAGGACGGCUACUCCUCCUCGUCCUCCUCCCCCGUCCCCUGCUCAUUCCAGGGGGAGGGUUUCCGUAAAGCGAUCCCAUCCAAGACCGUGCGCCGCUUCCUGGAGGUAUUCAUGGAGACCCAGAUGUUUGGCUGGUUCAUCCAGGAGAGGGAGCUCCACAGACAGGCUCUGAGAGGACUGUUUGAAGUGAGAGUUCAGGAGUAUCUGGACUCUAUUCAUGAGAAUGAGCAUCGGAGGGUUAACAGGUUUCUGAAAGGAUUGGGAAACAAAAUGAAGUUUCUGUCCAAGAAAUAAUGCAACUAUAGCUUCACAUAAAGAGACGCCACCUAAAAAGAAGAAGCAAACUAAAUCAUAAUUUGACUGCUUGUCAAAGAGCUCGUCCACACCAUCCACAUUCAGCCACUGAGUCUCACUGACGACAACUUCACAAAAGGAAGAUGCUGCUGUGUCUCACACAGAUGAAGAAACUUGGGACUGCAGACUUGCAGAAACACUUAAGGAGUCCUUGGUUGACUCUUUUUUAAAUAAGAUUCUUCAGGCAACAAUGUUCAUGAAUACAAAUAACACAGUGUAUAAAACGAGGAUGCUAUAUUUCUGUAAAUUAAGAUUAUUCACAGCACAAGAUGUCACUGAAUGGUUUAAUCCUCUGAUCUCCAGGCAGUUUUUGUGUGAUAUUUUGCUUCGCAACACAAUAUAAAUGUGCUCCUAUGGAAACAGCAUAACAAUAACUCAAAAAUGUCUUUUGUGCAGUAUGACAAAUUUAAAUCACCAUUUUCAAGUGCCCCCUUGUGCUUUUGUUACUGGAAAAAAAAUAUGGCUUUACAUGCUAUGGAUAUUUUACCUCUGAGAUUUUGAAUGUAUUUCAAUACUUGUAUGCUCUCUGUUUUGUCUAAACACAACCCAUAGUUCAGUCAAAAAUUUCCAGAAUUUUUGCCACUUGACUGUUGGUCUCAGCUGAGUCACUAAUGGCUUCAUGGUGGCACCAUAAAGAACAGAUUGUUUUUUGAUUUUUUUUUUUUUUUUUUUUUAACAGAAUCUGGACAAUGCAAAUGGUUUAUUUUUGGCAAAUUCCAAUAUGUGAUUAACAUGAAAUAUUGGGAUUUUAAGCUUUGAUUUGGUUUGUGUUCCCACCAGAACUGCAUGUCACACAUUAUUAGUUCAGAGACCAUCAUUAAGUUGAAAAUCUGACAAUUCUUUCUGUUUUUUACAGUUUAUGGCUCUGCAAUUUUGUUGAUUUUGUAAGUGAUAACAUGCCCUUUAAACCCGCUGGUGGGUUCUGGGGUUCAGAGGAUUAAUUAGUAUGAAAAAUAGACUAUCACAUUACAGUAGUAAGCAAUUGGAUGAACUGUACUGCGACAUCCAAGUUCAUGGUCAUGGUAUUCUCCAGAUCCACCAGGGGGCAGUAGUAUAUUUUCUCUGAUUGGAUGAUCUUGACACUGACAGUGACACAAAGUAGUUUUCCUGCUCCUACAUGCUUCACUUUGCUCCAAGUCUUAACAGUGACAACAUCACAAGUGCUUUGAAUAAAUAUUCUCUGGUUUUGA